GGGUCUGGGAGGCCACGCCCCUUGUCACCUUGCCGCGAGGCGGGGCGCGCAGCGCGGCUGCGCAGGCGGCGUGACGUACGCCACCCGGUUGCUAUGGAAACAGUCGCACUGCGCCCUCACUCCUCGGGGGCGGGAUCAGGCCUCCGUAGGCUGUACGGGUAACCCGCUGAGCAUGCUGCGGCCUCCGCUCUCCAGUAGCUGGUGAUUCCGGCUUCCUGCUGGGGAAUUCAACCUGCUGCAACAAGUCUGUCUGCUGCAACAAGUCUGUCUUCAGAAUCGAGUUUAGGGCGCCGGUGUGCACUGCGGUGGGGUGAAAACAACCCGCUUUGGGCGCUUGGAGACGUUGGCCUGCAGGCGAAGAUGCACAUGUUUCUCUAUGGAAGUCAUUAUAUGACUAACACAUUUCCAUCAGAUUUCCUCUGAUUUACCCUGAAGAGUAUGAGAAUGAUGUGCACUGCCAAAAAAUGUGGAAUUAGAUUCCAGCCUCCAGCUAUUGUCUUAAUCUAUGAAAAUGAAAUCAAGGGGAAAAGUCGCCAGCGCAUAAUGCCAGUCCGAAACUUUUCAAAGUUUUCAGAUUGUAACAGAGCUGCUGAACAAUUAAAGAAUAAUCCAAGACACAAGAGUUACCUGGAGCAAGUACCUCUAAGGCAGUUAGAGAAAUUAUUCAGUGUUUUACGAGGUAACUUGUGGGGGCAGAGUUUGGCAGAAACAAUGGAACAAAUUCAACGGGAAAGAACCAUAGACCCUGAAGAAGAUUUGAACAAACUAGAUGACAAAGAACUUGCAAAAAGGAAGAGCAUCAUGGAUGAGCUUUUUGAGAAAAAUCAGAAAAAGAAGGAUGAUCCAAAUUUUGUUUAUGACAUUGAAGUUGAGUUUCCACAAGAUGAGCAACUGCAAUCCUGUGGCUGGGACACAGAGUCAGCUGAUGAGUUCUGAUAUCACACGUUUAAAGGAUUUAUUGUGCUGGCAGAAAAAUCUACAUUUUAAAAAAAGUAUAAUUUCUAGAAAGACCCAUGAAGGAUCCUAAUAUGUAUACGUUGGCCAUAAUUGGAUCCACUACAUUGCACGUUCAUACCAGGAUAUAGACCAUCUACUAUGUAGGUGCAGAAGUGAUACAGGAAAAAACAAUAUAGGAAGCUUCCUUUGAGGAGCUUAUAAUCUAAUUGGGAGAUAAGUCAGACAUUUAUGGAAAACUAGCAGUAGUUGGCAGUAAAAACAAAACCAAGUGCUUGAUAAAGACUGAAGAGGGUCAGAGUCUAGAUCCCUGUUGGGUAGAAUAGUAGAAAAGGCUUUACCCUUUGGCAGAGACGUAGGGCUUUGCCUGACUCUUGAAAUAGUGUAUAGAAGCUAUGUGGGAUUCCAGAUGAAAGAAACCAGGAGGAAAAAGGAGGAUAAAGUGAAGGGAGAGUUCGUAGUGAUAGAGAAAUAGUUAUGUUUGAGGAACAGUAGGAAAAUUAUAGUUGGGCAAGUGGUUCCUAGAGAAUUGUUCAGUAAUCAUUAUGCCUUUAUAUGUAUUUAACUCUGGCAUACAAGAAUCCCCUUGCUGAGUGCUCUUGCUGCUGCAAAUGGAUAGCAUUUGAUGGACAUUUUGACCCUCAGCUAUCAGAAAGUAUGAACCAAAGAUACUCUGAAACCCUGACCUUCCCACAAAGAAAAGGCUUAUUUGUAAAAAAAGAAAAGAAAUGUACUUAUAAUGAGUGAACACUAGGACUUCCAAUUUAGACCUAUUCAUGUGUUUGGAUCUACAGAGACAUGUUUGUUGAACAAACUUAUGUGUGUACUAAUGCAUAAUUUUUAUUAGAACAUUACUUGGUAAAAAUUCUGUGAUAUCUGCAAGGAAAUGAUUAGUGAUUAAAUAAAGCUGUAAAAUUUAGAACUUA